UCUUUUUCUUUAAAAAUAACCUUAUUGCAGCUAGUUAUUUCUAGUACUAGUUGAAGUGAAUUUUUUGAAGUCAUUUCUGUGCAAAGCAAAAUAUGUGUUUCAGGGAUAAGUGCGUAUUUUUUCUGCUUCAGUCACUAAAGGAAUUGGGAUUUUUUCAAACUUAAAGUUUGUCAAAAAACAGAAAGGAAGGUGGUUUUUUUUUGUGAUGAUGUGAUAGCGUGUUACAGAAUCACAAAAUUGUCAGGUUUGGGAAGGACCUCUGGAUAUCAUCCAGUCCAACGUACUGCUAAAGUAGGUUCACCCACAGCAGGUGACACAGGAACGCCUCCAGGCGGGUUUUGAAUAUCACCAGAGGAGGAGACUCCACAGCCGCCCCUGAGUGGUAUAUUCCAGUCCUCUGUCACCCUCACUGUAAAGAAGUUAUUCUCAUAUUCAGAUGUCUUUAAUUAAAAAAAUGUUCAUGGGUAAUGAUAACUGGAGGAUGAGAAGAAAGCUAGCAUUAUGGUAUGGUUCAGAUGGUUUCAACUCUUGGGCAAGCUAUUAAAGUAAUAUUGACUGUGGGGCAACUAAACUUUAAUUAAAAUUUUUUCGCAGCAUUCAUGAAGGAAAUACUGGUUUCAUAUUUCCUUUGUACAUAUCUUCUACAUGCUAUUUGUGAGAAUAUCAGAACUAGCAAAGACAGUGGCAGCAUAUGAUGAGGUAUUUCUGGCUUUCUCACAUGAAGCUUUGGAGAUAUGUAGUGGUUGCCAUACAUACAUGUUUUCAAUAUACAGGUUCUACAAUUAUGCUUUGUUAGAUGGAGGGACCAUGCUUCCUCUGUGACCUGAGGUGUUUCAAGGAUUUUUACAUGCAAAGGUAAUAUGGUAUUUAUGGAAAUGGUAUAAUAUUUUAAAUGCCUGUGUAAAAGUGGUGAUGGUUUUCUGUGUUUAUUUGCCCGUAGUGAAGUAGAAUGCAUCAGGUCAAAGUGAAGUGGUCAAAUGGUGAAGGUACUAUUUUAAUGUGAAAUUGGCUGAAAAUAUUACUGCAGUUACAAUUGUAGAAACUUAGAGUUUAAAAAAUAUGUGGUCAAAUCAGAAAUGUGUAAACUUAAUAAAUUAUUUUAGCAAUAUUUAUUCAGAUAUUUAUUAUUGCAGUUUCUAAUCUGAGGUACUGUUAAUGUAUGGUAAACAUCAGUGGGGAUACCAUUGUAUUCAGGGUAAAUAACUACUAGAAGAAUUCUUGUUUAUUUAGCACUUAAUAUAGUGCAUGCCUCUCUUUUUUUAUUUAAUAUGAUUUUCUGUCCUUUACUAAAUACAUUUCCUGAGAUGUUGGGACUUCAUUUUUUGUUUUCCUUGAAAUAGGAAUUAAGAUGGAUGGAAUAUUCUAUUUACUGCAGAAGCAGCAGGAUGUAUAAGGAACGUUGUAACUAUUAAAGGGCAUAAUGCAGAAUCCUUUAACUGUUUCUGCAGGUGGUGGUUUCUUGCCUGCUAAUCCUGCAGAGAAACAUUGUGUCCAACAAAGUAUGCUGGGUCAGCAAAAACAAGAAACUUGUGCUGGGAAGACAGUAUCCACAGAUAAACACAAAUCCACUUCGGAUAUAAUACGAAGUUUUCAGAAGAAAAGCCGGUUUAGGAGCAUUGCACCAAAAAUGGUACCAAAAGUUUUAACAUCUGGAGUGGUUUCUUGUCUUCAGUCACCUUUGCCUGAGAAAAAUGCACCGAUUUCAGCUGCAGGUUCUAAACCGCUGGUGGUACCAACGCAGAACUAUGCUGUCAUGCAGGUCACUGGUCACAAGGGGACUCUUUCUCUGUUGGCCUUGCCCUAUGUUGCCCCUGCUCUAACGCAGCAAGUCCAGCAGUCAAAAGUGUCCCCUUCUGAAAACCUAAAGCUGCCUAUCCCUAGGUACCAAUCUGCAAGAAAUAAAUCACCAGCUGACAAAAAAACAGCACAAAUCCCUGUUUUGGGGACACAUGACAAGAUUCCUACCAAAGCAUCACUCUCAUCACAGACUUCCUCCAUGACUACCUUAAAUGAAGACCGUCCUGAAACUCGUUCUAGUUCAGAUUCAGCUGAGCAAGUGACGCUAACAGACCGUGACUCAGAUGAAAUUACAGUUGCAACAUCAGUAAAUAAAAGCAAUUGUGUGGAAUCUGGAUCUCCUUUAGUGAACAAAACUGGAAUUGCUAAUGGUAAUGUUUCGGGAGCAUCUGUAGUUAAAGACUCUUCAUCUAAGCCAACAAAUACAAUUAGUACCAUGAAACUAAGUCUGUGUUCUGUGAAGACAUCUGAAACCACAAGAGAGACAUUCAUAACAUCUGAGAAAGUAAAGGAAAAACCCACAAAUUCUGUUACUAUCCUGUCACCGGCAGUUUUUGGCAGUACCAUACAGGUUACUCCAUCAGCACCAAAAGGAAAACUUCCUAUUUUGCCUUACUCAAAGGUGAAAAAUUCAGUGUUCUGUAAAUCAAAGCAGAAUACUAAUGUUACAGAUAUAUCCGGUCCUUCAGCGAGAUCUGAAUGUGGAAAGUUACCAGCUCUGGUGAAAACCUUUCAUGUUCCUAGUAAAGCAACCGAUAAACGAUUAGCUGUAUCAUUUACACAAGUCUCCAAACAAACCAUUCGAGAAAAUACCUUCUCUCCAUCCAGUAAAGUGGAUGUCGACAAUCUUAAAAAAUUGAACAGUGCAGCCUCUAAAAGAAGAGGCAAUAAAAGAAGAGUCCCAGAUGAUUUAUUGACUUUUCAGUCCAAGCGAAGGAAAUGCAUCAUUAAUAAGUUUAGAGAAGGAAGAGAGAGGGCGAAAGUUGAUCUUCAGCCACCUGAAGACAAAAAAGCAGAGGCAGUGAAAAAAUACCGUAGUAUUAGACCAAAACCGGUGGUAGUUGUUCAGGCUUUUGCUCCUCUGACAUCUGUGGCAAUAGUAGAGACACCGUCUCCUGACCGUUUAGACAAAGAUGUUUUUUUAAAUAGUUCAAUGCCCAACAAAUUUUUAAGUUACAAGCAUAGUGAUGCUACAUCAGCUAAAUCAAGUGAUUUAAGUAGAAAUGUAUGUUCAGCUGCACCUAAGCUGUCACAUAAAUGUCAUGUUUGUAACCAUAUCUUUCAGUUUAAACACCAUCUUCAGGACCAUAUGAACACACAUACAAACAAACGGCUUUACAGCUGUCGAAUUUGCCGGAAAGCAUAUAUUCACUCUGGAAGCUUGAGCACACAUAUGAAACUUCAUCACAAUGAAGGCAAACCUAAAAGGCUUGUGUGCUGUGAAUUUUGUGCUAAAGUUUUUGGCCAUGCAAAAGUGUACUUUGGCCACCUAAGAGAAGUGCACAGGGUUGUUAUAAGCACAGAGCCCUCUACUAGUGAGCAACAGCUGCAAGAUGCUUUAAAGAAGAGAAGCACCAGUAUAAAAGAGGCAGAAGAAGCAACAGAGAGAGGAAAUAAGUGCAAUUUUGAGGACCUAUUCCAUAACCCAGGAGAAGUGAAAUUGCAGAUCAAAUGUGGUCGAUGCCAGUUUGUUGCACAGUCUUUUGGUGAAAUGAAGUUUCACUUAUUGUGCUCUCAUGGAGAAGAGAUCCAGGGAAGAGUAAAGGAAGGGGUUUUGCAAGGAAAUAGAGGAGCUAAGGGGGAACUGGUCAAACAUGCAACUCACUUCUGGAAACAGUGCACCGAGAGAAAACAUUUAGCAAAAUGCAGUACCCAUGAGGAGGACUUUUAUACUUUUCCAAAACUGAAAAGACAGAUAUACUUUCACCAUCAAAAUAAUGUUGAUAUGUUAAAUAAAAGUGGACUAACUCAGUCAGGAAGUGGUGAAGCAGCCAAGGAGAUGCAAAAUGUAGGAUUUGGUACGCCAGGCAAAAAAACAGAAAUCUGUUCUAAAGCAGGCUAUAACUGCAUUUUAUGCAAACAGUUAUUUGGAAGAAAAGAGGAUCUUUGUAAUCAUUGGCAGAGUUAUCAUAAUUGUGAAGACCCUUCCACUUUAUGGACAAUUUUUAGUUUGUUAUCGAAACAAGGAAUUAUUGAACUUUCUAAUAAUGGUGAAUAUUGAAGCUCGAUUAUGCAGUGCUAUGAAAAACGUCAACUACCUUACCAAAUUGUUUCUGGAUUUUUUCUGUGUUACUAAACUAACUCAAGAGAUAUAUCACUUCAGAAGUGUGUUCUUUUCUUUUCUUUUCUUUUCUUUUCUUUUCUUUUCUUUUCUUUUCUUUUCUUUUCUUUUCUUUUCUUUUCUUUUCGAGUUAUGCUAGCCUUUAUUUUGUUAGAUAUAAAAUGUAUAUACCCAGUAUCAUUCCAGAGGGGUAAAUACAAGCCAAUUAUGAAACACUGUACUUUAAAUUCAUGCUUAAGGAAGUUAGCAGCAACAAAUACUCAAUACUAAUGGUUAACAUCAACGAAAAGGAUUCUCAGGUUAAAUUAUACUAUACACAGAGAAAUAAAUCAGUUUAUAUUAAGUAAUCUCAAUCUUGAAUGAAAUGACAGAUCAGACUAAAAGUCUGUCCCAACUGUGCUUCCAGUUUUUAUGCUAAAUUUAAAUGUAUUUCUGUGCAGUUCUCUGAAUCAUUUGAAUGUGCAUACAUGCAGCCAGCAUUUGGGAACUUUGUAAUAUAGAUUAUUUAAGAGCUUUUAAUUUUGGGGGUUUUUUAUUUCAUUUGUCCUCAGCCAUGUUCAUUGAUUGCAGGUUUGUUACUGGCAGGUCUUUUAGGUGUUAUAUUCUGUCCUGGUAACAGCAACGCUCUUUGGAUUUUUAAAGUGAAAAAUCUGCAUAUAUUUUUUUGCCUGCAGGUCUUUGAGUUGAAGACGAGUUAGUUGCCACCCAUGAAGAUGGAACCCUCAAAGCUUGACUGCUUUAUGGAAAAAAACCCCAAGUUUGUUUCAAAAAUAGUAAUCUGAGUUGGUUUCUCCUAGGAAGUUUGACACUGCAACAGACUGCAUGUUUCACAGUGAACAUUUAGCAUAUUCCUUGCACCUCCUGUGACAGCAGCACUACUGCUGCCAACACUGUUAGCACACUGCCUUUAACACUCUUGGUAUAUAGCUUUUGUACCUCUGCAGUUGACCCAGUCUGUGGCUUUAAAAGGAAUUGUUCCUUCACUUCUGAGUCUGUGGUACAGGUAAUGAGGUUUUUUCACUUCUGUUGCUAGAUUUACUGUACUAAAGGAAUUGCGUGCAGCACCGACAUUCUUGUGUCAGGAGCCAGUAAUAGUCACCGUACUGGAAUGCAAAGCUGUAGCAGCCUGUAAUGCAGGAAUAGUGUGUGAUACGUCUCGUGCUACAAAACAGGCACGGUAAAUGGCCAUUCCAGCACAUCUCCUAGGGGACAAGUGAGUUCUGGCUGUAAGAUGACAGAAUUCUGGAGCUCAGUUUUGAUGGUCAUUGAACCAUUGGAUGUAAUUUAAAAUUGGUGUUUAGGCUGCGGUUACCUAAAGCCUAUGCAUCUCAGAAUUAUGUGGAGAGAAAUAAUGGAGGCAGCUUGAGAAGUCACUGUAUCACUGUUCAGCAGAAGUCAGAGCACAAAGAGCAAACUGAAGAAUACACCAAUACUGUCUACAGUAUGAGCCUAGCAUUUCUUCUUCUGGUCAGACUAGUCGAGGGCUUGGAAUGAUGAAGGAGUCGUUCCCAAAAGGUCCUGGGUAGCUUCUCACUGUUUUGCCAAAAUUGUAGUGAUAAAAACAUGAGAAAAGAUCUAAAAAUGUUGGGGUUUCUGGAUGGGAUUCCAGAAGAUGUUGCAAUAUUUUGUAUAUUUGUAAACAGUAAAGGCAGUUUUGAUGAGCUAAUCAUUUUGAAUGUAAUUUCUUGUUGUAUGAUGCUUUGCCCUGGCAUUAAGUUGUAAAACUGGAGCCAGGGAAAAUAAAGGACAGAAGGAAAAUGCUCACAAAAUUGUACAGGUGCCUGCUAAGGUGGAAGAAUCCCUGUAUAUUUUAAAAAUCUCCUUCCUAAUAUUUGUUGCUAUAAAUACAUAUUUGUGGUUGUUUCUUUGCUUUCAUAUAUUAGUUUGGUAUGCUGAACUUUAAAAAUACAGCUUGUUCUUACCCUUGGGCGUGGCACACCCAUCUUCUGAUGCACACAGUAUCAUUUGGAGGAAAAUGUAUGUGUAUAUGGAAAGGAAUAGCUAAUGUUAAAGUCAGUGUUUCAUAUGAAAAGGAGACAAUAUUUAACUUACUAGAAUGUUUUUGCAUUUAGAAGCACUUCUCCCCCCUCCCCCCACAUUGUAAUCCUUUAACUUUAAAAAUGAAAUAGCUUGGUGUUUUCUCUGAAACAGAAAUAUGAGAAUAAUCCCUCCUUCACAUAGUUAUAAUAUAUCAAAGGGAAGUUAAUUCCCAGCAUAAAGCAUAUUUAAGAGUUGGGGGAAAAAAACACCCACACAUUAGAAAGGUUUGAGCACGUUCAUUAUUUAGAACAGAGAUUAAAUCACUUUUCUUGCAAUAUCGCCUCUUACUUGGUGUAGUUUAAAAUGAGUUGAAAUGAGUGCAGCUCUGACACAGAGUCCCUCCUGGUCAGGAACAGCACUGAUGUUGUCUUUCAAAAAGUAUUUGUUAAAAAUGGUGAUGCAUCAAAGCCAGUGAUGUCAAGGAGUUGUUGGGUGGUGGUUACCAGGCAAGAAGAGUGAGUCUCCUUCGCUUCAUAUAUAAAAGCAGGGGGAGUUGCAGUGCUGAUGGAAGGGGUGAAGGAGGUUUGGGAUGAGGGAGGGGGUUGUAUUUUUUAAAAAAUUGAAAUGCUCAUGUACCGUCUUUCACUUUCAUUGUAUUUUUAUGCUUCUCUCCCUUUCUCUUGACCAGGCCAAAUGGGUAAAGGAGUGUCAGCUUUCAGUAAUUUAAAGCCUGAAAACAUGUUUCAAAGUAUGGGUCUAAGCCACUUCUCAGUGUCCUUGUGAGUGUUUAAAAUUAGAAGUUAGAAGCCCUUUUUCCUGAGUGUGAAAGCAUUCUUAUGUUUCAGGCUAUUAUGGUAGAUUAUGAAAGGUUGAGAUUUUCUUAAAUAGCUUUGCAUGAAAUACAGAUGUGUCUUUUGCUUAAAAUAUGUUUGGUUUGCACUUCUGUUUGGUUUGGUAACAUUUGGAGGUAUGAAGUGCUUAGGGACAAGGUUUAAGGGAGUGUUAGGAAUGAUUGGACUCGAUGAUCCAGUGGGUCCUUUCCAACCUGGUGAUUCUGUGAUUCUGUGAUUCUAUGAAUAGAGCCUUAUUUACGGCAGCAUUAAAUAGUACAUGUUUGUUGAUCAGCGGAAGGGUUGUUAUGAAUACAGUUUGCUGUUUACCUUGAAGCUGGACAAGUUAACAUCUGGUUUUGCACAUAAAUUAUAUUUUUAAAUUGUUAAAACGAAUGUUAUUUUUUUUGUAGCUGUAGUUUUGUUCCUCUCUGAUUUUUCAUUAAAUCUCUGUUUCUGCUUCACUGUUCAACUUUAAAGCCGUUCCUCACAUGGAAAGUUGUUCCUUCAUCAUCACACUAUAAAUAAUCAAAGCUGGAGGAGUUCCAGCGCUUCUCUGGCUUGCAGAGUAUUGCCCUUCUCCAGCUGCAGAACUACAAUUUCCUAUGGCUAACUUGACAUAGUUGCUGGCAGUAAAUAUUUUACUUAUUUGUUAGAAUUCAGUUCUCUGCUGUUUAGCUCUAUCAGUUUCUGUCAUACCUCAUUAGAUACUUAUUUUAUCUACUGUUUACUGAGCUCUUGACUGCCAUACUCUGCCAUAAGAAGGAUGAACAGGUAUUUAGAAGAACAGAUUUCAACCCUAACUUUGUGCCGAUGAUGCCGACGUUUGAGAAUCACCAGCUUAUCUAGGCUCAGCCAUGUAGUAUAUUAUAUUUCUACAACACAUCCACCUACGCGCGCAUCUGUUUUGGAAAGAAAUGUAUACUUCAAAUUCAGCUGUCAGUUAUUAUUAUCAAACCUGUACAAUGUAGGUUUGUGAUUAUUAUGCAUAAAGAUUAAAAUGCUAUUAACUGUAGUAGAUUCACUUGUCAAAUUCCUUAUAGCUCUGAAAAAGGAAAAUCUCUCUGUGCCAAGUAUGACACAGAAAAAGUAUAGUCUCGUGAAGAGAAUUCUGAUGGCUUAAAAAGGUUGUUCUAUUUCAGUGGGUGCUUUUGUAUCUAAUGUGUCACGUUUAGGUUUUUUUCCACUUAUUAAAUAAUUUUUCUUGGUUAGGAAUGCUGAAGAAAACCUGAGCCUACAAGCAAGUUUCAGGAAAAAAAAUGUAUUUACUUCCUUUUUCCAUACAGGCAGAUGCAUCUAUGGAAUCAAAAUAGUCUGGAUGGCCUUACAUAUACAUGCACAGUGUGGGGAAACGUGGAAGAUUGGGGCUUUAGUGUAUGACUUUAUGUGGCUGACCAUUCUGCAGUCCUGAAGUAAAAACUGUAAAUUUGCAUGUAAAAAUAACUUGGUUUUCAGACUUGAGUGAAUUCCUCGUACCUUAUUAGCAAACCUUGAAGAAAUCCUAAAAAAAAAAGACAAUUGCAUACUUCUCGUGUUUUGUUUAAGUUUUAUUGAUGUAGUAGUACCAGGAGCAUUCUAAAAUGUGAUAGGUCUGGUGCUGUCGAGAGAAGCUUUCUCUCUUCCAUUUUUUUUUGCAUUUUAUUGACUAUUCCAUGGAAGCUUAAGAAUCAUUAAUUCUGCUCCUGACAAAUCCAGAAACAUUAUUCUGAUGUUAUUUUGCAGAAAUUUCCUAUUUAAUCUAGAAUAACAGAUGAAAUCAGUGAAAAGAAAAUUCUAUUGGAAAAAAAUACCCAAGCAAGCUCUCCCAUGUGGAUUUCUCUGCACAGUUACGCCACUGUAGAUGAAAUUUAUAGAUGGUAGGUCUGCUGGUAGGAACAGUUUGGUUUUAUCCAUGGUUAUUUAGAGUGGCCGGGGAAGUAAGAAUUAAAAUAUGUCCAUACCUUCUCUUUGACUUGAAUUUUGUUAUACUUCUUCUGUUGUGCCAGUCCAGAUCAUGGUCCAAGGCAUGUAGAUACUCAAAUGCUUUCUAGAGGACUUGGAGCAUAAUUCGGUGGAGGAAGGGGGAGGAAAUACGCAAAGGAAGUUGUGACAAUGAAAGUUGGCACAACGUAUUGAGUGUGAGCUCAAGCUUCAGUAUAAUUAGCCUUUGAUCUGUAUAUGUGGAAGUGUCCUGUAGCCUUAAUCUGAACUGCCUUCCACCCACCGAGGUUACAUGGUUCCAGAGUCUGCUUCUGUUAGAGGUGCGCCAGUCUGGAGCAUCCUUGGCUUCCCUGGGCAUAAGUCUUUCCAAAUGGUGUAGCUGAUUUUGUGAAUGUCCUCUUUUUGUGUCUCAGUUAAAUGUUUUUAGUUAGAUGAGCCACAUCCUGGCUGUAGAAACCAGUUGCUGCCAGACUUAAAAUAUGGUCUUUCAGUUUUAUGAGGAAAGCAUCUUUUAGCUUUAGUCCAUAGAAGUGAAAUCAGACGCUGCAUCAGGACUUAGUGAAAUCGGAAAAUGGCUCACUGAGUUUCCUGCAGAUACAACACUGAUAAGUAGUAGGAAAAAAAUGGGAUUGGUUGCUAUAAGAAAAGCUGCUAAAUGGGAUUUGGGGUCUUUAUGUGCCAUUGGAAAAGACUAGAAUGUUCUAUCACCUACUUAGUAGCUGGGAAGUUCCACGGAAGUGUCUAAUCCAGAUCUGGUGGUAUAAAGCAGCAAUUUGGAGACACUGUAACUCAGAUUUCCACUCCCCCUUUUCUUUUCUCUUUUUGCUUUUUCUGUUUAUUUUCCUAGCCACCCUACCUUUCUGUAUCCUCUGUGAGCUGUUCUGGCUGAACACAACUUAAAAAUGUCUGAUUCUUUGAAGUCAGCAUUGUACCUGGCAUCUUUGCUGCUAGCCAAAAACCUGGGGUUCAAUAGUCAUGAAUGCUGUUUCACAGACUAUUUCAUGAAAACCUUGGUUGCAAAGGACCCCGGAGGUCAGCGGCGCCAACUGCCUGCCCAAAGCAGGGCUUAGCACCAGCUGGGGAGCAGAGCGGUGCGUGGUGUUUAUGAAACUAUUUCUGUUGCUGUUCCCACUGGUGCACCUCCAGUGGUGGAGUUGCGAGCAUAAACAAAGCUUCACUGCGGUAGCUGGUACCUCAAGCACGGUCAUAAGCAAUUCUGUGACAUUUAUAAAGCACAAAACUUGGGACAAAAUAUUCCCUACACCAACAAAUAAAAGUUACAGUUUCAGCUGAUGAUCUUUAGUAGUGAGACCUCCUUUUGGCACAACCCCUGCCCUGGUUUAGUAGUCCGUGGCCAAACCUCUUGUCCACCUGCGCAAAGAAGCUUAAUUUGACUACUCUGCUUUUUCUGUGACUUAGCUUUUCACAUGCAAAGAAGAUACUGGUUUUUUUCUACUGUUGAUUUAGGACAAAAGUAAAACAUUUUAUUUCUCGUAUGCUGAUUAAUUGUGUACAGCUCCAGGUUUAAUCUGGCUUUUGAACAUACGGCCGAUCAAGGAGAUCAAUAUACCUUUCUUUUCCUAGAAGCAAUAAAUGAGACUGUGAGGGAGGAAAGCAGUAAAUAUCCCUGUGACCGUACCUUUGAAGCAGUGCAUUUGCUUUUAAUUUCUUCAUGUUUUUAGUUAAAAGCUUUUAUUAAUUUUAACUGAAGUAAAUACACUGCUAUAGUUUGCUAUUCAAAUAAAUCCUUUUACAGCCCUGAGUCCUUGGAGUUUGAAUCCUCUCCAGCCAUUUUCUGCUAUCUGCCAAUUCCUUGUUAAAUGCAAACCUGACGCUCUUGCCAAUAAAUCCACCUUCAUGCCAUUUAAAGUCAUCUGCCUCCUUUCCUCUGGUGCUAAUCAAAGUUUGCGAGAAGACAUUUUUUAAAGGAAACUGGCUCAAUAAUUUGGGUCAUUUAAAUGACACAAGUUAAUUAAAAGCAGUUGCAACAAACUGUAAAAUAGAGAAUUAGUACAGAUUGUUUAAAAGCUUAAUUAUUUUUUUCUCUUUUUUGAAUAGUUGAAGAGGAAGUUCUCUAGGGAUGAUUUUUUUUUUUAAUGCUGUUUUCUGUGCUACUUUCCUAGUCCACUUUUAGCAUCUCCCAAGUACAGCACAGCAGAGCCCAGCCAUGCUUUGUAAGUCCUGUUAAAACUCGAAGCACUAUUUUCUUUUUACUUUCGUAAGACAGCUGGGCUGAUAAAUGGAGGGGAUACCGGCUCUUCAGGAGACAAGACACUGUCUGCACAAGUUAAUAGUCUCAUGUCUUUAAAGAGCAGCAUUUCCAGUGUCUUUAUGCAUGUGUGCAUGUACAAUCACACACAAGAUUAUAAAAGGAUUAAGUCUGUGCAACAUUUUAAACUUGUAUGUUAGUGUCACACUGCAUACAGUUUAUUCCAGUUAUUUUUCUUUUAUUAAAAACUGUAACAGUGUCAUUAUAUUACUGAUAUAUCUAUGGCUGAUCUGAAUCCCGAGAUGCACAGUGGCCACCCGAGUUCUUCCAGGAAAUUGAAUUAGUUGUUGAAUUGUUGGAAUUUCUUUUAAAAAACGUGCUACUCUUGCUGGUUAACACCACAUGUAGGAUGAAAACAAUAUUUCUGAGGGUGAUUUAUUGGUCCAGCAGAGAAGUCUGACGUGAAACCUUUCCACUGGGAUUUGCUUACAUUAGGAAGCAAUGCAGGUGGCAGUCUAUUUCAACACGGAAUGGAUUUUCCCCCCCUUUCUUUCUGAUAAAUGAAGUGCUUAUGUAAGGUGAGAGAUUGAAAAAAAAUGAGACGCCUGAAGCCCUUAGAGGAUCCGUCUGAAAGCUCCACAUGUGGGCGGAGGAGCGCGGGGUAAAUCUGAUGUGGUUUCUGUAGCUGCUCACCUCAAGCACAAUGGAAGAUUCCUGGCUGCACCUUGGACAACCUUCCAGGGGACCCUGCGCAACGAAAACCCCUCACUGCAGCCAAGAGGUCACGUUUAGAAACAUUCAGUAUCGUGCAGUGCAAGAGGGUAUUUUGACACCAAGCAUUUCUUCUGUCAUAUGAUAAUAAACCGUCCCCGUAUCUUCAUGGCAGGCAUCCUUUAUUCUUUGAGCUUUUGUCUUGUGUUUUUAUUUUGUGCAUAAUAGAUAGUAUCUGGGUUUGAAUUAUUGCUCAACAAAUUGUCUGUUCUGAAGCUUUAUUGUAUGUGAGACCGCUCCCUUUUGCUGCUGCUACUACGUAUCAUCUUUCUCCCAAAUGAUUCAUUUGAUGUAGUUUAAUGACAAAUAUUUGAUAGUUUUUACUGUUAAGUAUAUGGUAAAUCUCCUAACGGUGUCAUAUUCUUAAAUUAUUGCAGUGCUUGAUUAAAUUAGCCCUUUUAAAGGGGAUCCAGGUUCGCUAAUAGUGUUCCGUGCAAUGCGCAUCUCUAGAGAAAACUGAGAUCUGGUUUUUAUAGUCGGAACCAAUUAGGCUCAUCCUUUUCCCUCCCCUUCUCUGCAGUGUUCAGAUGAAUUACAUUUUUUGGGCACAGUUCAAGCAGACUGUCAGGUCUCCAGGGCGCUCUCCCUCCUGGGCUCUGCAUUCCCACUGUCACCCGUGAAAAGUAAUUCCCCUUUUGCAGUUGUGUCCAAGGAAAGAAAGAUGAUAAAUCCACAAGUUGGGUUUAAAAGGGAAAAAGUGCAUUAUUGUUUACUCAGCACCAAAUAAGGUUUUGUUCUAGGGGAUACGACUGUUGUGAGGCAUGGGGAACCAUUUUUAUCUACUCCCAAGUAACUAAUGAUAGGAUGAGAGGAAAUGGACUCAACUUGUGCCAUGGGAGCUUUAGAUUGGAUAUUAGGAAAAAUCUCUUUACUGAAAGUGGUGAAGCAUUGGAACAGGCUGCCCAGGGAAGUGGUGGAGUCACCGUCCCUGGAGGUGUUAAAAAAAUGUGUGGAUGUGGCACUUUGAGAUGUGGUUUAAUUGGGCUGAUGGUUGGACUUCGUGAUCUUAGAGGUCUUUUCCAGCCUUGAUGAUUACAUGAUUCAGGCUUAAAGCUUUCUAUCUCAUGAAGUUAGGAUUCAUGCCCUCUUAAAAGAAAAUAUCAGGGGUUGUUCUCGGUCGCAAUCUUAGGAGCACCUGGAAC